UGGUCCGGUGGUGGCCUCAGCAGCCCGAGCCAUGGGGAACCUAGCCACCAGGGCUGCGUGUCAUGGGGCACAACUGGCCCUGGCUCUGUUGCUGCUGCUGUCGCUGUCGGGUCCCUGGCUGUCGGCUGUGGUCCCCGGAACUCCGCCUCUCUUCAACGUCAGCCUGGACGCGGCCCCGGAGCAGCGCUGGCUGCCGAUGCUGCUGCACUACGACCCAGACUUCGUACGCACCGCGGUGGCGCAGGUCAUUGGCGACAGGGUUCCCCAAUGGGUACUCGGGAUGAUCGGAGAAAUCGUGUCGAAGGUGGAGACCUUCCUGCCUCAGCCCUUCACCGACGAGAUCCGCGGCAUCUGUGACUCGCUCAACCUCAGCCUGGCCGACGGUAUCUUGGUCAACCUGGCCUAUGAGGCUUCCGCAUUCUGCACCAGUAUUGUGGCCCAAGAUGCCCAAGGCCGUAUUUACCAUGGUCGGAACCUGGACUAUCCUUUUGGAAAUAUCUUACGAAAGCUGACAGCAGACGUGCAGUUUAUAAAGAAUGGGCAGAUUGCAUUCACGGGGACCACUUUCGUUGGCUAUGUAGGACUGUGGACAGGCCAAAGUCCACACAAGUUUACAAUUUCUGGUGAUGAACGAGAUAAAGGCUGGUGGUGGGAGAAUAUGAUCGCGGCACUUUCUCUGGGACACUCCCCCAUCAGCUGGCUUAUCCGCAAAACCCUGAGUGAGUCAGAAAGCUUUGAAGCAGCUGUCUACACUCUGGCCAAGACUCCCCUCAUUGCUGACGUUUAUUACAUUGUUGGGGGUACAUCAUCCAAGGAGGGAGUAGUCAUCACCAGGGACAGAGAAGGCCCGGCGGACAUUUGGCCUCUUGACCCUCUGAAUGGAGAGUGGUUCCGAGUUGAGACAAAUUAUGACCACUGGAAGCCUGUACCCAAGAGAGAUGACCGAAGAACACCAGCCAUCAAAGCCCUGAAUGCCACAGGGCAAGCUCACCUCAGUCUGGAGACCCUCUUCCAGGUUUUAUCCGUGUUUCCUGUUUAUAACAACUACACAAUUUAUACUACAGUGAUGAGCGCUGCUGAGCCCGACAAGUACCUCUCCAUGAUCAGAAACCCGAGCUGAAGAUGAUGUAUUGUCAAAAAGCUGCCUUUAGAAGUCUAAGACUGGAAGGACUGUCCCGUUUCCUGAGCAACACAGGCUCCCUCCCCACGGAGCGUUUCUGCCUGUGGAGGAGGGGUUCUCUCAGCACAUGUCUGCAGGAAGAGGAGAGCAGCCUGCUGUCUCGAUCCUCCUGACUUCCCUUGAGCUUCACUAACAGCCCACCUUGGCUUGAACAACUCACAUAACUGGUCUCAGAGGUCAGGCUGCACCUGACCAGUCACAAGUGUCCUAUGAUUCUGUGUGCUCACACUCUUGCUUGUCCACCGUGAUUCUGUGUUCACACUCCUGCUUGUCCACUGAAGAAGGGACGGGGCAAGAUGGCUGUCAUGUGGAGGGAAGGCUGUGGACAAACCCAAGUUUCUCCUAAGGCGGGGGUGAGGCUUAGUGGCAGGGUUUGCAUAGAUAGAUAGAUAGAUAGAUAGAUAGAUAGAUAGAUAAAAGAUAGA